CUGUGAUGUCUUGCGAAUUUUCUUUUUCAGUUGUUGCAUGUAGUUUUCAAACGGAAAAGAGCUGAAUUUGUCAAGAUUUCCAAAACGAGAAACAAAAUCAGUUAUAUGCAGAAGACUAUGUACAUUCAAAGAUAAGAAACCCAAGCCGUAAACUUUUUCACAAUUCAUAAUAAAAUGUUCAAGCAAAGAUGCUGCAAAUUCAACAAAGUCUUUUCUUGUGGCAAGUUCAUUGCUAACUAAAAUUAAAGUAGCCAUGGCUAGCAUUAAAAAUAAAGAGUAAAUUUUUUUGGAGACAACAUUUUUUAAUACAAUUGCUCCGGUAUACAAUAAAAGUAAACGAAAUUCUGUAGCCUUAUAUCGCUUGACUUCAGUUAUAUUUCGAGUUUUUCUACGAGAAAAUUCAAAAGGUAUGAACUUUUUCAGGUAUUUUAAAUUUUUAUUUAAUAAUAAUACUUUUCGAGCGGGCAACUUGAAAGGUGGCUUUCCAAAUAUUAGCCCAUAUUUCUUCUGACAAAAUAUUCUUUUUGUGACUCCCAAAAGAAUGCAAUGCAUAUAAUCGAGAGGGACGUCCUCAAUUAGGUCAAAUUUGGGAAUAUUUUCUAAUAAUGUAUAUCCUACAUGAUGCUCCUCUUGCUUUUUAGAUCUAAAAUCAGCAUCAGUACGUUUCUGGUAUUGAGUUUCGUUAAAACAGACAACACCAUCAUAAAUAGUUCCUUCAGUGCAACAUUUCGUGCACGAAAAAUACCCGCUGUGGCCUUUAACCGCCAAAAUAUAGGAUUUUGCAGUGGUGGGACUCCGUGCCAUGUAGAAUUCGACAUAUCGAAUUCUAUUGUCGCUUUCUACCAUUGAAAGCGAUUGUCGCUUUUAUUUGCACUCUGUGCUGCUAUCGCAUACGAUCGGCUAUCUUCGGUAUCUUUUUAAAUAAUCGUAUUACCUGACCUAAAAACAUCCACUUGUCAUUUUUGUAAAAUAUUAUGGAGGAUUGGCUCGUGCAGUUCUUUCCUUGUUUAUUUCAUGCAUUUGAAGAAGGAAGAAACUAGUCUGCGGAUUUUCUGAACAGUUUUAUUUAAUUAUUUUUCUAGGUUAUGACGCUAUUGUUUUGUUUAGAUUUAUUUUUGGUUCUGCUUCUAAAUUGUGUUUAUUUGUUAUAUUAUAUGAACUAGUAGUUGUCGAUAUCAUUGAUAAAGUAUUAUAAUUCCAAGCUCCAUCAAAUUUUCGAAAAUGAGGGUGAGAUCUGAGCAUUGGGAAGUGCUCCUAACUUUUUGUGAGAAAAACCCUCAGCUAGUUACGAAUAGGUUCAGUGGUUUUAAGGGCAGAGCCAAGGGAACUGCUUUGUGGCAAAACAUUGCCUCAAAGUUAAAUAGUUUGGGAUUUGGUGAGAAGAGUGUCGAUGGAUGGAGAAAGACACUUACGGAUUGGAAGAGCAAAACAAAAAACAAAGCUACAGCUCUGAAAAAAGAGCAACAACAGACUGGUGGUGGUCCACCUCAGCUACCUCCCUUAACACCAUUCGAGGAGAGGUUGCUAUUGCUAAUGGGGACGAAAGCAUUAGAAGGUGACGAGGCAGUGCCAGAGUUGGGUUUUGGAAAAGUUCAGAUUCCUGGGAAACCUAUGUUAAAAAAUAAUAUGCCGAAACCAAUAAUGGAAGUGAGUGAAAUAGAAAUUGCUGCAUCAUAUGCAUAUGAUCACGAUUAUGUUGAGAACGCAGAGGUUGCAGUACCAAGUACCUCACAGAACACUACUUGUGCUGAAGACGUGCAAGACAUAUCGAGAGGUAUAAAAAGAAAAAUGGAACCACAAGGCAGCAAGAGGUCAAGACCAUUCCGACGUCGAACAAAUACCACAGUUGGCGUUUCUAAUGAUCUGUUAAAUAUAAACCAACAAUCGGUUGAAGUUCUACAGAACAUCAAAAAAAACACUGAAUCACUGGCAAGCUCAGUUGAAAAAAUAAGCAAUAAUACAGAAAGCAUUGCCAAUUCUCUAAAAGACAUUGCUGACAUAGUCAGAAAUGCUUAUUCAACAACAUGAAUUUUUUACCAAUUUUUUUCUACUAGCAAUAAUAACUAUUUAUAGAAGGUGAAGGUUUUUUUUUUGUUUCUGUUAAAUGCCAAAGUUUUUUUAGUUUGUAAAAUGUGGUAUUAUUUUUAGGGCUGUGUUAAAAUAAAUAAAGGAUAUUAUUAUUAAGUUAUUAUUAAGUUUUGCAGUUGUGUUAAUAUUAUAAGAAGUUCAUGUAGUUUUUGAGGUAGAGGUUUUUUUUUUAAUUUCUUAUGGUUGUAUUAAAGUUAGGUUUAUUUAGUCUUCAACAUUUGUUACAAUUUUUUUAUGGCUGUGUUAAAUGCCGAAAUUUAUUUGAUUUUGGUACAUCUAGUUUUUGAGUUGCUUUACCUACUAAGUAUUUCUUGUUUUGUUUGUAUUAACUUCCAAAAUACACGUUUUCAAGCUGUGAUUCUAUUUUUAUUUGUACUCUUCUGUGAUAAAUGCAAAAUUAUUUAUUAAAUUUAU